UUUAAAACCCGAUCAUCAAGAGUAACGCACGCGCUUGCUUGCUUCCUUCCCCCCGUCUUCUUCGUUCUCGAUCUACUUCAUUUCCAUCUUCAGACAUGUCUACUGCGUCACAGUCCUCUUCCUUGCCCACAUCAGACACUCUGAAGGAUAUAUUCCUUUGGAGAAGAAAGAAGCUGAGUGUGGUGGUUCUUUCAGUAGCAACAGCAAUAUGGGUGCUUAUGGAAGUGUAUCAAUUCAACUUCAUCACUGUUAUUUCAUGGACAGCCAUGUUUGUUGUUGUUGUACUUUUCCUCUGGGCCAAUAUUCUCAGGCUUCUUGGCAAAGAGCCGCCAAACAUGUCGGGUUUGGAAAUACCAGAGGAAUCCGCUAUUGAAUCGGCGAAUUGUGUUCGAGCAUGGAUUGGAGAAGGAAUCCGGUGGGUGUUCCGAGUGAGUGCAGAGAGAGACUGGUUUGCUUUUGCCGGAACUGCCUCUGGUUUGUGGUUACUUUCCUACGUGGGAAAGUUGUUCGAUCUUCUAACACUUCUCUACAUAGGUAUUAUAAUGGGCAUGACGGUUCCUGCAUUAUAUAUCAAGUUCGAGGAGCAGAUAAAGAGGAUAUGGGAGAGGGUGAAGAUGCAAUGCAGAAGAUUAUACGACAUGGUUGAUGAGAAAGUGGUUAAGAACAUGAAGAACAGGGUCGUCAAAAUGAAGGAGGUGGAAACGGAGAAGAAGGCCGAAUAGACAGUACUUCCUUUACUGGGAAAAGGCCGGCCGUGUAUGUACAUGAUCAUCAUCUUCAUUAUGUUGUUGGUAGGCUUUUGGCUACUUGGAGUACUUACUGAUUCCUCGUGUAAUUUAAACUUCGUUUUGUAUAAAUCAGUAAGGCUAUGAUUAAUUAUGUGAUAAAAAAUAAUUAAGGUGGUUUGUAAGCUGAUCAUUGUAUAUAUAUACACGUAUAUAUAAAGUUGUUUCCCCAUCUUUUUCAUGA